UUGAAGAGACGCGAGGGAAAGAUUCAUUUUUAGGGGAAAUUUUACAUUUUCUGAAGAGUAGAAUUCUUAUUUUUACCCAUAUUCAAAGGAUAAGAAAAGUCUCGAGAGCAACCCUUUAAUGGGUUAUUUAAAUUCUGACAGUUCUGAGGUUUCUCUGGCUCUUCUAAAUGUUGGUUUCUGAGAGUUUAUGAAGAAGGAAGGAUUCAAAAUGGAGGAUAGCGAUGAUAAACCAUUCCAGUGUACGACUCCUGGAUGUGGACAGAGAUUCGCUAACAACGAUCACCUGGAAAGACACAAACAAAAGCACCAGUUAACUCUUAAAUUCGGCUCUCUUAAAGGAACAGACUUAACUGUUGCAGAUCAGACACCAACACCAACAAGAUUUUUAAGGAACUGUGAAGAGGAAGGACUCUUCGAGGAUUUGGAGAAUCCAUUUGACCAGGAUUUCAAGAGAGCUACUGAUCAGCCCCCAAACUCGUCCACUUCUCACUCUUCAGCUCAGUUGUCUGAUCACAAUCAAGCCUCUCUUGCCAGUAAUGGUGCUCCAACACCAACCGUCAUUGUGAUUGAAGAAGCUGAGUCUAAACUUCAGCUAACACCACCUGUGCAAAAUAACACCACAACAGACACCAAAAAAGUCGUCAUAUCUGCAGCCCCAGUGUCAGUACUUGUGCGAGUCCCCCCGCACAUUCCACCAGCGAUACCAGCCUCCAUAGCAGCUCCUGAUGCUCAAGUCCCCCCUGCACUUCCAGUGCCUAGUCAUUUACACAGCCGCCUUAACUCCUCCAGCUCUUCAAUGCCAAUUCCAUCCAUCCCCACCCCAGCUAUAGUAAGCAGCCCAAGUGCAAGUAGUCCACCCUCUUUCAUGGGCAGUGCUAAACAGCGUCUCAAGGAACAGCUUAAAAUGCACCAAGCAGCACAGUCUAACAAUAUCAUACAUCGUGCCAUGACUGAAGCUGUUGACAUGGUAACAUCCCAACAUAAUGGUCUCCCUGUGAGUCCAGCUAAUCACAUAAAUCACCAACAAACUACAGUCGUAACCAGCAACAGUCCACAGGACACCAAGAAAAUGUCAGGUGCCUCAAAACGCCCACGAAGAACACAGGAUGAGCUGGACCCUGACGAGAGAAGAAAGCGCUUCCUUGAAAGAAAUCGAGCUGCGGCCACUAGAUGCAGAGAAAAGAGAAAAAUCUGGGUGCAGCAGUUAGAGAAAAAAGCAGAUGACCUUAGUAAUACAAAUGCUCACCUACAGAGUGAAAUAACACUUCUACGAACCGAAGUUGCGCAGUUAAAAUCCCUACUUCUGGCGCACAAAGACUGUCCGGUCACAAUAGCACAGCAAAGAAACGCACAGAUGUUAAAUCAUCAAGUUGGUGAGCAAACGAACGGAGUUCUUACAAAUAAUUCCCACGGCACAGAUGCUGCCUCUGCUGAAGAUGUCGCUACCAGCGCUCUCACGCAAAUGGCUCACCGGGCUACCCUGGAACUAGAAAAUCUUGCUGCUACUACGAUGUCGAGUGUCAUAACAACAAACACUAACCCGAUCGGGGUUUGAUAUAGAGUAACUUAGGUAGAAACAAGUACAGUAAGACAUUAAGAGCAUUCUAAUCAGCAUGUACAGUUAAUUAGAACGGCGCGCGUGCGUGAAAAUAACCGCUUUUAGAAGUGUAUUUAUACAGAUUUUAAAGAGAACUGAAUGUAUUUUAGGUAUGACGCGUGUCUGUAAGUUGCUACUCGACACUUGUGCUACUUUCUAUCAGAAGCAUCUUACCGCGCCAUUUUUAUUACUGACGCAUUCAUUUUGUGUUUGCUGAAGCUGUAGUAUAAAACUAUUUGUUUUAAGGUUUUAAAUAUACAGUGCGACUCAGCAGAUGGUGGAACAGUAUCGCUCUGAAAAAUGCAAAGCCUACGCGUUGACGCGUUCAACACUCAGCAGAAGUGCGAGAAAAGAGUGCAAUGUUAUGUUAUCUUAGCAGCUGUAAUGAUUCAAAAAAUGAAAAAUGCAAAGCUUACGCGUUGACGCGUUCAGCACCCAGCAGAAGUGCGAGAAAAGAGUGCAUUGUCAUGUUAUCUUAACUGCUGUAAUGAUUCAUUUCCUGAGUGUGAUGUUCUUUCAUGAAAAAUGCUUAUGUAAUUGUGUAAUUCCGUGUCUGAUAGGGGUUAAGUUAACCCUUGAUUUACGGUGUUGAGUGUAGGUUACUGGAAAUUCCAGUUUCAAACUGAAAACAAUUCUAUUCAAUCUGUGUGCUGGCCCUUCGUUGGGCGAUUCUGUGUUUAACAUUCACGUCAAGAUGGCAAGUAACCAAUUGACUUCUUUAAUUUCUCAUCGAAACCGAACCCUUCUGCGGCGAUGUGUUGCUGACAUAACGAUACAAAGGCUAAGCGCUUGUUCGUUCGUGGUGCGCUCCUCUGAUGGCUGUUUUGUUAAAGCAGGACGUGCAUUUGGUGUAAGAAAAUAACCCUUGUAAAUAAAUAGAAACGAAAAAAAGGCGAUAUAUACCUAUAUCCUUACUCGAGUUUUACUGUGGCACAAUGUGACGUUCAAUAAAACCGGUGCAAACUCA